CUGUAAGUCUGUGUACAGUCACUUCCAAAUCACCGUUUUAUAUUCAGUUGUGUCACAUACAGUACAUUAAAUUUUCUUGAUUGAUAUUAGAAUAUAAGCUGAAAAUCAGCUUACGUACUACUGCUCCAGGUUUGACUGCCAACUGUCUUUGAUAGGUGAAACUAUGUUUCUCAGUUGAAGUUUAUUUACUGACUUAAGGACUGUUCUAUCGCUUUUGCAACCAUGGUGCUAAUCGCAGCAGCGGUUUGCACAAAAGCUGGUAAAACCAUUGUUUCAAGGCAGUUUGUUGAAAUGACUAAGGCCCGCAUUGAAGGAUUGUUAGCAGCAUUUCCAAAAUUGAUGUCAUCGGGUAAACAGCAUACAUUUGUUGAAACUGAUUCAGUGCGAUAUGUGUAUCAGCCGCUUGAGAAACUUUACAUGGUGCUGAUUACUACUAAGGCCUCAAAUAUUUUAGAAGAUCUUGAAACAUUAAGACUAUUUUCUCGUGUGAUCCCUGAGUAUUGCCGCAAUAUGGAAGAGUCAGAAAUUACUGAAAAUGCAUUUAAUCUGAUUUUCGCAUUUGAUGAAAUUGUGGCUCUUGGUUACAGGGAAAGUGUUAACUUAGCUCAGAUUAGGACUUAUGUUGAAAUGGAUUCUCAUGAAGAGAAAGUAUACAUGGCUGUAAGACAGUCUCAAGAGAGAGAAGCUAAAAAUAAAAUGAGGGAAAAGGCCAAAGAGCUGCAGAGACAAAGGUUAGAAGCUGGAAAGAAAGGCUACAAAACACCAAGUAUUGCUGGAUUCGGUUCAUCAUCAACGUACACUAGCCCUGUUGUCGAAACUAUUGAUCUGCCUAAACCUACAUACACACCUGCGAAACCUGUCUUAACAGCGAAAGCUAUGAAACUUGGUGGUAAAUCUAGAGAUGUCGAAUCAUUUGUUGAUCAACUAAAAUCAGAGGGAGAAAAUGUGAUUUCACAAGUGGCUGCGAAUAAACCUGUUGCAGCUAAGUUAGCCUCUACACCAAAUAUUCAUAUGGAAGAGGUCCAUCUAAAACAGGAAGAAAAACUAAUGGUUUCUGUAGGAAAGGAUGGUGGAAUACAAAGCUUUGAGCUCCAUGGUCUGGUAACAUUACGGAUAACUGAUGAAAAAUAUGCAAAGAUAAAAGUAUAUCUCGAUAACAAAGAUAAGAGAGGAAUUCAGUUGCAGACGCAUCCGAACGUGGAUAAAGAAUUAUUCAAAAUGAAGUCGCAGAUUGGUUUGAAGAAUCCUUCAAAACCAUUUCCUUUAGGAACUGAUGUAGGUGUACUUAAAUGGCGAUACCAAUCUCAAGAUGAAUCUGCACUUCCUCUAACCAUAAACUGCUGGCCAUCUGAAAAUGGACAAGGAGGAUGUGAUGUCAAUAUUGAGUAUGAGCUCGAACAUUCUCACCUUGAACUAAAUGAUGUUACCAUCAACAUUCCAUUACCUAUUGGGUGCUCUCCUGUUGUUGCUGAGUGUGAUGGCGAGUACAAACACGAGUCCCGAAGGAACUUGCUGCAAUGGGUACUGCCAGUUAUUGACAGGAGUAACAAAUCAGGAGCGAUGGAGUUUUCGACAUCUUCUGCUAUUCCUUCAGACUUUUUCCCUUUAACAGUAUCUUUCACCUGUAAACAGCCUUAUGCAGAUCUAAAGGCUGUUGAAGUUCUUCAUGUUGAUGAUGAAACUCCUGUAAAGUUUUCAAGUGAAACAUUGUUUUAUACAGAAAGGUAUGAAAUUGUAUAAAAGGAAAUACAAAACAUGGGGGUCAUUUGAUAGCUUUGAAUGAAUAUGUGUAAUAAUUGUUACGUAUAGUAUAUUAAUUCAUUUAUAUAUAUAGCUUUCUAUGUAAAUUAAAAUAUAAUUGGUUUAUUUUAUUUUCUUUUUUAAUGAGUCAGUAUUCCUGAAUUAUGAGUAUAUUUUUAAAACAGAAUCAAAUUAACGAUUUCACUGAACUUGGUUCAGAAUUUUAUAAAUACUAUUACUAUGUAUAGUUGUGAAGUUUAAUUAGUGUUAAAUAUAUUUUAAAUAUUGGA